AUAAGAUCUCCAUCAGCCGCAGCUGCGAGAAAAGGAGAGCGACACGGGCGAUGCACUGAAUAUAACCCGCAACUUAUGCCCAGCAGAGCGUGCGACACUCUCGCCGUUUGCCUGAACUUUGUCUUUAUCAUUCUGAGAACAGUUGGCCUCUUCCAUCAGUCGCAAAGAGAACGGGCACGAUGACGACCCCACAGUCAGAGCAGGAUGAAUAUAACUUGCAGGAGGCAUGGGACCGGGUCUGCACCUCGUUCAUGCAGACCACCAACGCCGACCUCAAGAGCGCCCCCACCAAAUACACCAUCGAAGAGGUUCUGGACCAGAUCCGGGCCAAGCAAGACGAGGCAAAUGAAAAGAAUGCCAAAUACCAAGAACUCAAGACCGUGAUGAACAAGACGUUGACCUUUGUUGGACUGUUGGGUGGCAUUGCCGCACAAGGCGCGAGUAUGGUCUUCGCCCCCAGCAGUCUUUGCUUCAACGCGGUCGCAUACCUGAUCAACACCGGAGCCAAAUAUAAGCGGAUUUUCAGCAGUUUGGCGGAACUCUUCCGGAAAGUGUCUGAUAUGUUGGACCGCCUCCAGAUCUACAUGCGUGUGCCGCCGGAUGCGGUGGACAUUGCCCUGAGGAGGAUCAUCAACGACCAACUGCUGUGCUUCGUGGAUAUUUGUGCACUCUCAAUCAAGGUGCUGAAGGGGCACAAGGUUCUGAUCGCUAUCAAGGUUUUUGCCUUUGGUGAAGAUGAGGGCGUCAGCGGGCAGCUGGCUCGGUUGGAGAGCCUGGUCGAGCGAGAAUCCCAGAUGCGGGCUACUCUGGGGUUUGAAUCGCAGAAGAUUAGCGAGAGGGGCAUCCUCGAAGCCAAGGAGGGAACCAAGAAGAUCAAUGUCACCGUGACCGAAAUUCUCGAUUUGGAAAAGAAACGAAAUACAGAUCAUCAGACGAAGAAGGAAUUGGAGGAUCUGGACAGGACGCUCGACAAGCCGAGCGAAAGCUGGCGGGCGAAUCAGUCCAGGUUCCGGCGACUCCUGGAUAAGAGGGUCGCUGGAAGUGGCGAGUGGCUCGCAGCAGAUCCCUUCUAUACCUCGUGGGCACAAAUGGAAAACCCAUCGAUGUCAAUACUAGGGAUCGCAGGAGGGGAGGGAUACGGGAAGUCGUUGCUUUUCACAAGUGCGAUCAAGAACUUACAGGAGAGCCACUCCCCGAUAGCGGAUGAUUCAAGGCGUACUUCAGUUGCCUACUGUUUCUGUGACCAGGAGAGGGGGACUGCUGGAUCGCUGAUCCGGGCUCUGAAAGUGCUUGCAUGGCAAAUCGCGAAUACUGAUCCGGUUUACCGCAAGGAGCUGGUUUCCACCCAAACCGCCAGUGCUGCCGCGGACGUGGGAAUGCUGUGGAAUCAACUAUUUGCCAAGUCGUACAGGACCGACUCGACCUUUUUCCUUCUCUUGGAUGGUCUUGAACAAGUCAACCGCGAGCAGCUCAAACAGUUUGUUUACCUCCUCGCGCACUUGCAAAAUGAGUCUGCAACCUUGGGGCGACUCAGGCUCCGGAUUCUCCUCUCUGGACAGGAUGACGCGGUCGGCAGGUUCAAGGACCAGCUUGGGCACGAAGUGGUUCCAGUCAUCGAUUUGGCGCUCAAGAACAGUGCGGACCUGCACCAAUUCAUAGAGAACCGCAUCGACCGGCUGGAGAAUCUAGCCGGCUCAUCGGAGGACAGUCGCGCCCUUCGGAGCCAGGUGAUGGAAGCCCUGACGGCAAAGGCGCACGGCGACUUCAUUAAUGCCGGGUUGCUGUUGGACGAGGUCGGCGUCCAGCAGCGCCCAAGCGACAUUCGAGCCAUUCUGUCACGCUCGGGCAGCAGCAACCGCGAGGACACCUUCGCGAGGAAAAUAGCACGAUUAAACGAGACUCUCCGCGAAAACGAUAUCACCGAUCUGAACGAGAUUCUCACCUGGAUGAUGUACGCUCCCGACCCGGUGCUGCUCGCCCAGCUGGAAACCGUGCUGCUUCUAAAGAACGGGGAGCGCUCGCUAAAACCGCUGUGGAUGAUCAUCACUGACCACUACUCCGCUCUCAUCUCGGUCGUGGGCGUGGCGCGCGGCGAUGUGAGGAAAGAUUUUCCCCCGUACUCGCGGGUGGUAUUCGCGUCGGACGCCGUCAAGCAGUUCCUCCGCGAUCGAGCGGGAGCCAGGGCUCAGAAGAUGGCCAUCCUUCACGAGCCAGCAUCGAGUCUUUCCGGGCAGGCCACAGAAGGCGAAAUCCGCAUUGUCCGUCGGUUCCUGGAGUCGGUCUGCGACCCCGACCUCUUCCGGAAGCUUGGCUUCGAGCAGUAUUUUGGCCAGCUGCUGAAGGGGAAGACGGCCGCACCGAUCGGGAUUGACGCAGAGGAUACGGCACAUCUACGAAUGCUCAGCACUUGUCUGAAGGUGAUCAACUCAGACCUAUCAAGUGGCCUGGGACCCCUGCUGGGAUAUGCAAUGAAUCAUUUCGCCCACCAUCUAACCCAAUUGGAUCCUUCGCUGGUCGAAGUUCAAGAUAAGCUGGCUCUAGGGCCCCCGUUAGUGAAGCUGUUCCAGGAUCCUCAGACUAUCCAGCGCUGGUGGAGACGUGCCGGUUACUAUGACGCCCAGUUACGAUUGGCUUGGAUCUACACAGACUCAUACUCGGAGGUCGUGGUCAAAUGGCUACAGGAAUCUGCCAUCAUCAAAGGGCUCUCCGAAACGCAGAAAGACUGGGUAAGAAGUCUGACUACUAAGUCGGAACCUGAUGCGGACCUGUUGGAACAUAUUGCACGGCAUUGGACAGCGGAGUGGCUGCUCCACAUCGAGGAUCUCAAGGAUAUAUACUCCGUCUUUCCCAAUGUAUAUGGGUACUUCAGUAAGGUCGAACAUCGAAAGAAUCCACAGGUGCAUCGCGUGACCGACGAUUCGCAGAUUUGGGAGCUGGAGAUCUCCCGAAUUUUUGCCGCGGUCGACUGGGGCAGACAGCAAGUAAAGCCAGAGGUUCCAAAAAGCAAGGCCAUCUUCAUUCUUGCGAUGACAUUGCACGCCUACAGAAAGUUUGACGAGGCAAUCGAGCAAUACAAGCUCGCGAUUUCCCUUACACCGGGCGAUUGGAAUAUGCAGUGGCGCCUUGCAGAAGCAUACUCCGACAAUCAGGACUUUGCAUCGGCCAUACAGACGUUGGAGGCAGCUAAAGGUCUGGCUGAGCUGAACCACAUUCCCGAAGGUUCUCCUGACGAGCCCGUCUGGUUCCUUGCUUCUAUGCGGCAGCAGCUGGCUUGGUGGUACAAUGCCAGUGGCCAACCGGACCGGGCAUUUGCCAUGUACGAGGCUCUGAUGCAGGACUACUCCAACAGCUACCGUCCCGUUCUCGAAAUCAUGCGGAUAUGCCGCAAGGGGGCCCAAUACAGCCGUCUGCUGCAGUUCCUACAGUCUAUGGAGGAUACUCCAAGUGACUUUCCGCCACUCAACCAGCUCACCAGGGCAUAUUGCUUACUCAGCGACGAGAAGGACUUCCACGACAUCCUCUUCACUUUGGUGCGGAAGAAUAUCGAAACCUUUGGUAUGGCCUGCAAUCACUAUCGCAUGUCAAUCGCCCAUGCGGCAGAUCAGUGUGUCAAGGCCAAAGCGGCGGGUGACGAAGAGUGGGCGGAGGUUCAGCAGGGCCGCCAGGGAACUCUCAUGUACUACCAUGCGCUUCUGCGCUACGAACACUCCAACCAGGAUGUUGCGAGCAGGAUGAAUGCCAUCGAAGAGUGGGAACGUCUCUGGCAAAUGGAACAUACAAACCCCCUGGAACACGUCUACUAUGCGGUGAGACGGAGGCUCCCACUCGCCUACUUUCACGAAGCGCGGCAGCAGCAGCAGCAGCAGCAGCGAUCUGAACGCACGGAAGCCCUCUGGCUGACCAAAUUGGAGCAACUCGCGGAGCUGAGCACCGCGGAGUACCACACCUGGGCCGACAAACAGUAUCCCGCGCGGCUGCUCGCCCGAUAUCAUGCCCUGCGGGGCGACUUGGGGAAAGCCCAAGCCGUGCUGCGCGCCCACGUCAAGAUCGGCCUUGACAUCCUCUCGGACACGGACCCGCUGAACGAUCCGGACGGAUAUUUCCGCCUCGCGUUCCACUUCAUGUUCUUGGACUUGGACGACGAGGCCCUCGCGGCCUGGUCGAUGAUUGUCCCCAAGUUCCACUACGGCGCAACAGGAGACAAUCAUGUCGAGAACAAGAAGCUUGAGGGCCCUCUUCUGGCCCGGUGUGAUGGGAAGUGCGGGACCACCUGGACGUACGCAAACGACUUCUAUGUCUGCAAAGAAUGCCAGGAUGUCCAAUUCGACCGAGCUUGCUUGGAGCGGUUGCGCCAGGGGACACUGGAGCUGUGUGAUGUCUGUGCGCCGGACCAUGAAAUGCUGUACGUCCCCGCAUAUGAUCCGGCCCGACGGGAGAGGGUCGGUGAAGGCAAUAUUCAGGUGGGAACCGAGCCUGCGAUCUCGGUUGAGGAGUGGGUCGCGCGGACCAGGCAGUACUGGGGAAUUAAAUCCUGGGGUUUUGGGGUAUGCUGGACGGCUGUAUACUCUGGCGAGGGGUAUUGCGCCCAUCCUGCACAGCCAUAG